AUGUCGUUACCCGUCGCAAUCCAGUCGGCCAUAUUCUACUACUUAGCAUGCACGCCAUGUAACGAGAUGAAGGCGUUUAGGAAGGCGAAGAAGAAGGCAAAGGAAGAAAGAGAGGUCAAGAGACGUAUAGAGAUGGAGCAGCCGGGACUGUACCGCCAUCCAGACCCCUUCAACACCAACCCCUACUGGGCCGAGGAGAUGGCCAUGGGACCCCACCUACCCAAGAAGUCGGCGAGCAAGAACCCAAGCCAGAGAGGCCUGACCAGUGCCGGCCGGACGAGUACCGCUGCGAGUUUCGGUCGUGCGAGUACUGCCGCCGACAGCACCAGCCCUGUGAGCCCGACCACCAGCGCCGAGCAAGCACGAAAACUGUCUGGUGACGGCUGGAAUAGGACCCUGUAUCAGCGCGAGGAUGAGGAGCUGUGGGGUCACAACUUAUCCGGCAUGGGUCACAAGCUCAUGGACAACAUUGUCAAGGCAGGCAACUCGGCUGGACGCUACGUGGAGGAGAAGCUGGGCCGCGACAAGCCCAUCACGGACGAAGACCGCGAGAACUUUUACACCACCCCGAGAAAUCCUCCCGUCAACGACUAUCACCCGCCUAUUGUCGGAAGCAAACCAUCUCGUCCCGACGCUCUCAAGUGGAUGUUGCAACCCCCGCCGCCCGCCAAGCUUAUGGAGGGCCGGGUACCUGUCACGAGGACGGGAAGCACCAGCACUGUCGCCAGCAGGAGGACAAUGGCUUCUGAGGAGCAAUCUCUGGACAGACUAGUCCGGGAGAAGGCCCUCAAAAAGAAGUUACGCCAAGGGGAGAAGGCCCGCCAGGAAGAGACCCCUUCUGAAUCGGAGUUGAUCGACUCGCUUAUCGGAGCGAGAUCCCGGAAGUCAACCGUUUCGAGCAGGGCCCUGUCCAACCGUAGCCGAAGUCUCUCGCUCGAGUCCGAAGUGUCUUCGGACGGUGAGCUCGUGGAGAGGCGACGAAGAGCCCGUGCUAGGCACAUUCCCCUUACGCCGGAGGAGACGUCUUCGGACGAGGACGACUACGUCCCGCGCACCUGGGAUUCGAUAGGACAUGCGAGCCCUCCCCGACGGCCCAGGCUGGAAACGAUUGGCAGCUCCCGGUCCAACACCAGGCAGGCAUUGAAGGCACGGCCGAACGGCACCAAACCUGACGCCGCCCCGAAAGACACGUCUGACAUCACACCCAAGGCUUCGGCCAACCCUAUCGUCACACUAAAGGUGGACGAGAACACACCUACCACACCUACAGUACCUACAGUAUCAUAA